ACCUUAUGGAGCGGUACCGGUACCGGUAGCUAGUCUAGUAGUAUUUGACCCAUAUUUAAAUAUGCAACACCAGGAUUUUUAGCCCCCCCAAGUCAGCGACGAAACAGCAGGCAUUCUUCGAUCACAACAAUCCAAAAACGGCAAGCAACCUCGACAAUGGGAUUUUUCCUGCUACGGUAGCUAGCUAGCCUUAGUAUUGAAUUGUUGACAACUUUAACAAGGGAUUCUGUUGAUUGCUAGCUAGCUAACAUGCCGGCCGUAGACGUGGCGUCGGAUGAGAUGAGUGAGAACACGACGCAAUCGGCUACCCAAGAUCCAAAGGCCAUCCAAGAAUCAGCGUCGAGAUCGCUAAGCACCAAUGGCUCUUCGUCGGAUCAUUCAAAUGGGGACGACAACGAGGAAGAUGAAGAGAUGGCAGUAGAUACUGAUAACGGUGACGACGAAGAGCUGGUCUUGAGGGAAACUGAACGGGGUGCAUCAGCUCAACAAGAACCAGCAAAGCACAAUGCCAUCGAUCCGACAGGCAUCAGUAGUUCCAGCAUCCAGGAAGACGAAGAUAAUGCUGAUAAUAUGUUUCCCUCGCAGGAAGAGGAGAUAAUCGAUCCUGUGGAAAACAGUGAAAUACCGGAACAGACUGAGCAAGGUGAUGCAGCCGAGCAAGACGCAGAGGAAAAUCCAAACAGCAUCUUGACACCUGGCAGUCCCAACACGACAGAACACCAGGAUAAUACGAGUACUCCCACACAAGUACAAGAAGAGCAACAGGAACAACAGCAAUCAAUGGCUGAUUCACGGCAACAAGACGAAGAAGAGGAUCAUCCAAAUCUAAAUGGUAUCUUGGUUUCCGACAGUCCCAACAGCAGGGAUGACCAAGAGAAUGUUCCCACAGGGUUCGCACGAGUGCAACAAGAGCCAGAACAACUAAUAGAGCCAUCAAUGGCGGAACCACAACAAGAAGACCAAGAAGGGGAAAAUGGUAUAUUGGUUGCUGACAGUCCCAACGGCGGGGAUGACCAAGAGAAUCCUCCCACGCAAGAGCAAAUAGAGCAAUCAAUGGCUCAACCACAAAAAGAAGAAGGGGAAAAUGGUAUCUUGGUUUCUGGCAACAGCAGGGAUGACCAAGAAAGUACUCUCACAGGGGCAACACGAGUGCAACAAGAGCCAGAACAAAUAGAGCAAUCAAUGGUGGAACCACAACAAGACAACGAAGAAGGGGAAAAUCCAAACGGUAUCUUGACAGCUGGCAGCAGUCCCAACUCAACAGAACAUCAGGAGAAUCUUCUCGCGCAAGAAGAAGAGCCAGAAGAAGAUCAAGAACAAUCGAUGACUGAACCACAGCAACAGCAAGAGGAAAUUAGUACCAGACAAAUUAGCAGGUCUCCAGCUCGAUCGAUUGUCUCCUCCAUUGUCAUUCGGCAAACGGAAGAAACCCUCCAGGCUCUUCAAGCCAGUCUGGAACAGUCAUCGACGGAGUUGCUACGGACAUUGGGGAAUCAUUUGUCGCAAUUGCCAUAUUCACCAGCAAGCAAUGGGCGUCCCGUUGGAGGAUUCAGUCUCCCAGCAUCUGCCAUUGGAUGGUUGGCAUCGUCUCGUCCUCCAGGAACCUCUCUCGACGCCCUCCUCCCGAGGCUCACGCACCUGCGAGUCACGGCUGCGCAACAAUGGCCAGCCAAAAUCAAGGCCGCCCCGGCACAGCAACGACAACAACAACAACGGCACCAGCAACCACAACGAUACUUUGAUUCACUCCAGUCCUUCCACAGAUUGCGAUACAGUCCCACUGUAGAUCCCAGCGUUUUUCCAAAUUUGCAAGUUUUGUUGCUCGAUCAAGUACCACCCGAUUGGGUGGUUCGGCUUUCGUCCUUGUCGUCGACCUUGCAAGUACUCAGAGUUGAACGAGCGUGUUUCUAUGACUUGGACACUUUCUUGUUUGGAUCCAACCGUGCUAUGUCAUAUGACAACGAAGUAGACGACGAUUGGGAACAUGUUCAAGUGGAAUACCAUCAGCUGACUCACCUCAAAUUGUCCCAUUGCAAUUUGGGAGAAAUGACCAGGGGCUUGGCGCGACAAAGAAGACGCGAUAAUAGUAACGGGGGAGCAACAAUCCAACACUCGCCGGACGUCAGUCAGAGUCUGCCGUUGGCUCGCAUGCCCAAACUGCAGUCGCUCAGUCUCUCCCAUAACGAGAUACGAUCCGAAGAAGCUGCAUUGGCCACUGGGAUUUCCCAUGCCUCCCAUCUAUCCACCUUUGAUUUGAGUUACAAUCAAAUUACGUCCUUGGCCCAUGCACCGCGAUAUUUGGGAAAUCUACAAACCUUGAUUUUGACGGGAAAUAAGAUCGAGUCGGCAAAAGGAAUUGACCGUCUCUAUGGAUUACAGACCCUGGCAUUGGAUCACAACUGCAUUCGAGAUUGGAUCCAUGUGGCCGGGUUGGCGCGAUUGCCGGAAUUGCAAGUCCUGAAAUUAAAGGGAAAUCCUUGUAUGGAGACUGCCGCCCGACAAAAGCACGCUCGGGUCAUGCUGUUGGACUUGUUUAGAGAGCAACGUCUUGUGAUGGAUCAGACAACGACCUUUCGGCAACUAGAUGCUGUCCUGCCUGUCAUUGAUGAGAAACCAGUCAGUUCCAGAGAAUUGAAGGCCCUUCAGCAACGGGCCUUUCGCAUGGUAGCCCCACGGGCUGCAGCACCUACACGACGGGAGGGCACUGCCCUGGUUCCUCCUGCCGCUGGUAUCGUCCAAGAAGAGGGACCGGCAAACAGCAACAAUGCUAGUGAAGGUGACAAGCAAGAAUUGGAUCAGAACAGGCCUCCUGCUCCAGAAGCAGCAACAUCCACAAAAGUGUCAAUAGUCAAGGGUCGAAGGGGAGCGAGAAAGAGGCGUAAGGCCUCCAAAGCUGUGAUCGAAGAUGAACCGUACGCGAAUGCUAGAUCUGCAACGAGGGCAUCUGCCGCCCAUGGGACGUCACGAUUACAACAGUCAUCCACGCCAGAACAACCCGCAGGGACUUGCUCAGACGAGAAAAAGGAAGAGGCCGCAAUGAAGAUUCGUUCCUCGCUGGACAGUUCAGGGUUGCAAAGCGAAAUGAAAUCAUCGGGUCUCAAGCUAUCCUUCUCCAUCACUGACGUUCUUUUGUCCCUUGAUCCGGCACCAAGAGGCAAAGAAACGACAGAGGUCGACGCCUUGGAAAGGGAACCUUCCGAGGCCGACAAGAACGGAGAUGUGGCAGACCCGGAGGAGGCGACGGCAUCGGUUAACGGAAAAGGGUCAAACGUAGGAUUGAAAUACGCAGAAUUUGAUUGGCCAGAGCCGUUACCCUACGUUCCAAAAGAAAACUUGUACCCAGAGUUUGAAUGGAAGGUACAAACAACCAUUAGCUUGAGCGAGGAGGCAGGGAAUCGGAAAGCCAAAGCCAAAAAGAAAAAGGGAAAAGCAUCUCGCUCCCAACAGGUCAACCGCAAGAAGCCUCCAGCCAUGAGCACAUCGGGCAGUGCUAUGGACGAUGCGGCAAACAAGAAGAAGAAGAGCAAGACCAAGAAGAAGAAGAAGAAGCCGCCAAACACUGCUUCGCAAAAGCAAUCGCCUGGAGGUGUGGCAGCCGAAACUGCAAAUGGAACAUCUGAAGGCGUCGGGCAACGGGGCGUAAAGAAGCCUCCUCCGGCGAACGAGGUGGCCAGCGUAAACCUGGACGAGGGCGGAACUGUCAGUGGUUCCGUGCCCAAGAGCCCGAACCGGUCUCCGACGACCGAUGUCGCGAGCCGUACAUCGCUAACACUGCGGCGGUCUGUAUCUUCGGAUGACGAUGAUGACGUCGACGCAGGUGCAACGCCCAGUGGAGCUCAAGGAGCGUCCUUUCCCGCCUCAGUUAUGGAUGGAUUCGAUGACGCUACCUACAGUAGCAUGGGAACAAACAGGAGUGGUGCAACCAAGAGUCUCAAAGGACCCAGUCGCCAAGACACGUUCCAUUUGGCAGAGGUCAAGAGCAAAUUCUUGGGAAUGGAACAGGAACGCAAUUUGAAGGUUGAAGACAACUUGGAGUCCUACUUCAAGAACUUCGUGUUCCCUGAUUUUGUACCCAAUCUUGACUCUGACCAACUCGGCGCAGACGUUGACACCUGGCAGUCGGUAUUCUUUCGUUAUCCUCGCAUCCAAUUGUUUCCGAAAGACCGUGACUUGCGCGAGAAGUCGGUCAAGAAAGGAUCAUCUGCGUCGGUUCAGCUUCCGACAAACCGAAUCGGAGAAGAGCAAAAAGAGCGGUUUGUGAAAGUUUGGAAGGAGGACAUUGUAGCGUGUGGUAAGCCUGCACUUCGUAGACUGAAACCAAACCGCACGGCGCACUUUGGCUUUCAUGGAGAGCUUUCUUGGCUAGACGGAAAGGUCCAGACCGUUUCAGAAUGUCGACAAGUUAUUCUGUGCCUCUCGAGUACAUCUUUUUACAUCAUUCUGGACAACGACAGUCUUACAGCAAAGGAACAGAAACCGUCGAAUGCAACAGACGCCAGAGUGGCGUCGCCGUCCACAGGGAACCAAGACGCCUUGGAGCUGAGUCCAACUAAGGCCCGCCCGCGAGGACGGUUCCCGUCGCCGCUGCCUGCCGAGGCGGUUUUCUCUCAAGCGAUGUGGCCGCACGCUGUGGCUUGCCAUCCGCUCAGUGACAUUCAAGGGAUUACCAUUGGGUUUGGCUUUCAACGAAUGACACUACGUGUAAGAAACCCGGCCUAUCCGAGUGCUGUUGAUUACACAUACGCUCUGUUGACCUCCAACAAAAUGAAAACAGUGGAAGUGCUGCGUGGGUUUCAGGGCCUGGUGAAGGAAGCGACCCUAGAAAUGGAUCGAGCGCUGACGGAAGAGGCGAUCAAAAUCGACAACGACGAUCGAUUAUUCUUGGAUGGACUUGCCAAAGCCGUUGCCCCAGAUCCUCAGGUUGGCCCCCCCGAGCCGGUGGGUGCCGUCCUCCACUACCAGAUUCUCAAGCAGAGAUGGAAACAUGGGCAGCGCGGAGCCGUCAAGAGAAUAUGUGUUGUGACAGAUCGAAAGAUUUAUCUAUUGGAUGAGGAAUACGAGGGAGACGGAUCAGUGUCUGUGAAUUCCAGGAGCGGCCAACGGCUUGGCACUCCAUCGUUCCGUUUGAUCGAUUCUGCUGACCUUCAACAAGUGGCAGAAAUCAAGGCUGCUGAUGCUGACCCGAACGCAACAACUAUCAUAAUCCGACCCAUUGAAACAUUCGGUCGCACUCAUCGUUGGCGCUUGCUGUGUCGCGACCGCAGUGGAGCUGAAAAGCUCGUGGAAGAUGUGAGAAAGGGUUUGGCCUUGAUCGACUAAAUGGGCGACACUUGAACGCGACAAUCAUGGUGGUGCGCCCAUCUUGCUCCGGUUGAUCGGUGGUGCCGUAAUCGAUCUCCACUGAGCAGGCAGCAAAAAUGAGAGAUGCAAGGCUCCCAAUAGCAAGAGCAUUUCCACAGGGUACCGGUAGCGUUGCUUGAACUUUGAGGCCGCAUGGUUGGUACAGGUACCGCGACAUAUUGGUAUGAAAAGCGGACCUAUCUUGCAGUAGUUUAGGGUUGACAUAGUACAGAAAAUAAAUAGCAACGAAGUGCCAACUGUAGUGUCUACUACCAGCAGCAUGACUUUGAUGGAGGAGCCCUUUUCCUUCAUUGAAAAUGGUUCUGCAGCUAACCUUCAAGAUCUAUCUUGGGAUCUAGCUACUAGCUAGGGUGGUCACACCAAGAAUAGUGCGGCAUUUGAGGCGUGACUUCUCGACUAAGACUCAGCAUGUGGGCAUGCAAGCAACAUUGGCAAGACGAUUCACAUUAUCAAGAGCACAAGGCUGACAAAAUUAUAGUAUAGACAACCAUUAAAUCAGAACAGCCACUUGGAUUAUCUACAACGACAACUACAUGUGCAUCACAGGUUCUCUGUGAGG